AUGGAUUUUGUCGCGGUCGAGCGAUUUGGUCGGCCAAAUUCGUUUGGCCGAGAGAAUUUCGGCCGAGGCCGAGCGUUGUUUCCCGGAUCGACCGGCACGGUCGGUCCGUUCCGAUACAAAAUUUCGGCCGAUCGCGGCUUCUUUCCCGGUUCGUGCGUGUCGCGCGAACGGUUUCUGUCGCGCAAUAGAGUGAAUCCGGCCGAGCACGGCCAAAUGAGAAUUGCUCGGCCAAAAUUACUUUUGCGCGUCCGCGGCCAAUGUUUUGGCGCGGAUUGUGUUUUCACACCUUUUUCUCCUUCUAUCCUAUCUUAA